UUUGUAACUUGUAAGAGCCGCGGAUUGAAAUUUCUGGGACGAUCGCACGGGAGCUGCCGGUGGCGGUGGUGGGGCUCUAUUUCUCCGACCCGCCUGGCCCGACCCCAAAUCCGAUCCCUUUGCCGCUACUCGACACUCUUCUUCUCUCUGCUUACUCUCUCGAUCAUCUCUCUCUCCUCGAAACUAUCAGAUCUUAUCGCCAUUAGAGAUCUUGCGAGCAUCGCACAAGUGCUUCUGGUCCCAAAAUAAGGGGAUUGGGUUCGGGUGAAUUGAGACCGUGAUCAAAGCAUUCAAUCAAUCAUGAGGAGAUUAGUCUGCUGUCGCCGCCGAACCAAAGACUUCAGCAUGGACUUCGCCGGGCAAGACCGGGUGAUGACUUAUAGAGGCCUCGAGAGCUGCAUCAUCCACAACAGUUUCUCCUAUGAUAAUGAGAGUGGCAGCAGCGGCAUGGUUGGAACUGAUGCCUGUGCUACCACUAACUCCCUUGAUGAUGAUGUCUCAAGCUGCUCUUCGAGCAAAGAUGCCGUGGGUUCCUCCUUCUCCUCUCAUUGCCUGAUGUCAAGUAAGCAGGAGGAGGAGCAAGCUCUUGAUGAAUGGGACACCUUCCGUAGUCUCCACCAUUUUGGUGUCAAAGGAAAGGCACUGGUUACUUACAGUAUGGAUGUUUCAGAUGUCGAGGCUAUGAAGGAGAGGUUUGCGAAGCUGUUGCUUGGUGAAGAUAUGUCAGGAGGGGCCAAAGGGAUCAGCACUGCUCUCUCAUUGUCUAAUGCCAUAGCAAAUCUCUCAGCAUCAGUUUUUGGGGAAUUGUGGAAGUUGGAACCUUUAUCUGAAGAAAGAAAAAGCAGGUGGCGUAGGGAAAUGGACUGGUUGCUAUCUCCUACCAACUACAUGGUUGAGCUGGUUCCUGCAAAGCAAAAUGGAGCAAAUGGCCGGAUGUUAGAGAUAAUGACCCCUAAAGCCCGUUCAGAUGUUUGCAUGAAUCUUCCUGCCCUUCAAAAGCUAGAUUCUAUGCUUAUUGACGUAUUAGAUUCAAUGGUGGAAAUGGAGUUUUGGUAUGCUGAAGAUGGUAGCAGAGCUGAAGGUCAGAGCCAAAGUGGUGGCAUUAGGCAGAGCAAGAAAUGGUGGCUCCCAUCUCCUCGGGUUCCCGACAGUGGACUCUCCCCUUCUCAAAGAAAAAGGCUUGGUUUCCAGGGGAAGUUUGUUCAUCAAAUCCUCAAGGCUGCCAAAUCCAUCAAUGAACAGGUGCUGCACCAGAUGCCCAUUCCAGAUGCUAUCAAGGACGCCCUUCCAAAGACAGGGAAAGCUAGCUUGGGUGAAGAUAUCUACCAAGCUAUAGCUGUGGAAUCAAUUUCAGCUGAGGAAGUCCUGCUUUCUCUUAAUUUGAAAAGUGAACACAAAGUCCUUGAGACUGUGAACCGAUUAGAGGGUGCAGUCUUUGCCUGGAAGCAGAGAAUGUCUGAAGAAGCAGGCAAGAGAUCACCAAUGCGGUACCCAUGGUACUUUGUGAGGGAUAAGGGGUCGGAACUUGAAAAGGUGGCAGUGUGUUUAGAAAGAGCUGAAGCACUCCUGCAACUUCUGAAGAUCAGAUUUUUAAACCUUCCUCGUUCCUUUAUUGAUGUCAACAAGGUCCAAUACAACAAGGAUGUUGGGCAUUCCAUUGUUGAAGCUUACUCCAGGGUUCUGGUGGGCCUGGCAUUCAGUAUACUCUCAAGAAUAGGAGAUAUCUUGCAAGAGGAUGACUUGAAGAAGCCCGCUACUCCCAUUGCCACUCUCAAAUUUGACUUCAGUUCUGAUGUAUAUCUUGCUGGGAUCACUGAAACACCGCCAGGUCAUAUUAAGCGCUGUCUUGUUGACCAGAUGAACAUGGCAGAUGGGCGCUAUAUCAAAGACAAUGCAAGUAAGGCCGUGGAGGAACCCUUGUAACAAGGGAAAAACACUAAUGGUGGUCACAGCCAGUCCCUUUUGAAGCAGAGCUUGGUGCUAUGGAAGGGAACUCUGUGCAAGCACCCCUCCUUCAAGCUCUUCUUGAGCAGGGAAACGGCCUUGCAGUUAACAGAGUUUUGAGGCAAUCACUGUACAGGAAGAGAAUUUUAGUCAUUGCACUCUAUGUAGAAUGAUGGCUUAUUCGCUUUUUGAAAAAUAUGUAUUGCAGUCAAUUUUAAUCAA